CACUUAAAACCAUCUGAGGUAGAGUCGCACAAUGCUAAUGAGCCCUCGUGUGCGAAGUGGCUCCCAUUAUGACGGCAGCCCGCCCGCAGGAGGAGAGGAGGACUGGGAUUGUCUCCAUCGCGCCUCGCUCCUGUCCCCAUGCCUGUUUACGUUCCUCUGAGCCACACUCCCCUGGCUCCCCGCCACCCGGCAGUAUUUAUAGCCAUACAGCGGCGAUCAUCACUCGAGGAAUCCACGCGAAAGCCUCCUCACACCGCCGAACUUGGACCGGGUGAGAGGGGCUGGAUUUAACACCUGGUCGCUGCCUCUGUGGACGAUGAAGGAGCGCGCGUCACGUCAAGCACUAUGCUGAAGCCACCAACUACCAACCCCUGUAGAGAUGUUCACCAGUUCGGACCAGACCCUCUCCCUCACACCCAGCCCCCACUCUCCAUCCAGCUGUGGUAAAACAAGAGAGACACAUGCCCAGUCCUCCCUGUCCCUCCCCGAGCCUGAGGCCUGGAAGCCCAGCCCCACUCCGCGUCACGGCCUCGCUCAGGGAGCUCGCUCCAGUUCCCUGCAGGUCCCUCAUGCCGUCCCCGAGUACCUGGGGCUGCCACCUCGAGCGGCCAGCUGCGAUGUGCCUUACGGUCAUGAUGAGGGCUCGUCUGAUCAGGGCUCAGGAUCUCUGAGCCCCCAUGGUAUGCUGCGGCGGCGUGGGGGACUCGUGGAGCAGAAGGACAUCAUCAUGGCUCACCAGGCUCACAAAAUCCAGAGCACGCCGCAGGCCCUCAGGAAGGAGUGGGAGAUGGCUCGGUUCGGAGACGAGUCCGCUCCCACCACGGUGGACUCCGGGGACGGGGACAUGGAGCAAGGCGGGGACCCACAGGACCCGGCGGCGGUUCUCUCGGCUUCCAUGAAACAAGCCAAGGCGCAGCGGGACUGGACCAUGGCUAUGUACAACCCCGUCCCCCACCGGCAGAACUGCCUCACCGUCAACAGGUCGCUCUUCAUCUUCGCAGAGGACAACAUCAUCAGGAAAUACGCGAGGAGGAUCAUUGAGUGGCCAUAUCCUUUCCAUGAAAAACACGAGUUAUGUGUGUGCGCUUCAUGGUCGUAA